CAGGCGGCGCAGCCGCACGUCUUGCCGCGAAGGGACGGAGAAGGCUCGGUUGCACCAACACCGGUACUUAGGUGCAGACCGGCGUGUCCUUGGGUUUAGAGAGCGGGACGUCCGGUUUGUGAGCGGACACCUUCGUUUCGCGCGCUACGAAAGAGCGAUUUAAAAAUGGGUGAUGUUGAGAAGGGCAAGAAGAUUUUUGUUCAGAAGUGUGCCCAGUGCCAUACCGUGGAAAAGGGAGGCAAGCACAAGACUGGGCCAAAUCUCCAUGGUUUAUUUGGCCGAAAGACCGGUCAGGCCCCUGGAUUUUCUUACACGGAUGCCAACAAGAAUAAAGGCAUCACCUGGGGAGAGGAGACACUGAUGGAGUAUUUGGAGAAUCCCAAGAAGUACAUCCCUGGGACAAAAAUGAUCUUCGCUGGCAUUAAGAAGACAGGGGAAAGAGCAGACUUGAUAGCUUAUCUCAAAAAAGCUACUAAGGAGUAAUAAUUGGCCAUUGCCUUAUUUAUUGCAAAACAAAAAUGUUUCAUGACUUUUUUUUAUGUGUUCAAUUGAUCUCAUACACCAGAAUUCAGAUCAUGAAUGGCUGAUAGAAUAUUUCUUUUGGACAGUCCUGACAUAAAUAAGGUUGGCUUGUGGUUAAAUGAAUAUGAUCAGCUUUUUGAACUUUGAUAGUAAUUCUGGUUCAGCAAGUGCUGUCAGUUUUCCCCUUUUAAAAAUAUGAUCGGAAUUGAUUAGUAAUGUUCAACUUUUCACAGAGGUGGUAAAUGCCAUCUCUAAACUUAAUAGGAGAUUGGUUUUAUAUUUAGAUUUAUAUAACUGGUUAUAUUAAUAUAUUUAAAUACUGAGGAAAUCCCUUCACUGUCUCAGAACCAGCAAGAUUGAGCUGUGUUUCAGGUUGUGUUCAUUAGCCUGUUACAGGCAAGGGUUGAAGAUAAGCUGGCAGUGUCCACUUUUUUUUUUCUUAACUAUGCCAAUUUAAUUAAAAUUUCCUGCAUCUAAAAUGUUGCCUUUUGCUUAAUGAAAGGCAUUUUAGUGUGGUUUAUGUAUAAUAUUAAAUAAAGAGUUAUUUAACACUUCUCAUUUUAUAGAUGAUCUAAGGUCAGAUGCUUUUAAAAUUCAGUGUGACAGGAUAUAGCAGCAGACAUGGCUUGUGAAUUAUCUACUAAGUCAGACUAAGUUAUAAUUCAGGAUUGUCUUCUAAAUAGCUAUUCAGAGAGACAACUGUGGAAAUACCAUAUAUGUAUGAUUGGUAAUGGUCCUUUUGCCAACUCGUUAGAAGGGUUAAAAUGGGAGAUACAUCAUCAGCACAAAUUUGUAAAUUAUGUGAUAAGGCUUAAGAUAAUUAAAAACAAUCACAAAUCAUUUUUCUAA